CGGAGGGGAUCCCUUCUUAGGCAGGGAUUGCAUUCCAGCCGCUUUUCCCGUUGGCCUUCCUCCCAACCGGGGCGGCGCAGCCAACGGCCGGGAAGAGGCGGCCACAGCGGCUGCUUCCCCCGCGGGCGGCGUCAGGCGGCCGCGGAGCGGACGAACCCAGCCGGCCCGCCAGAGGGUCCCUAGGGAGGGUCCCCAGAACCGAAACACGCGGCUGUGGGCGGGGAUCCUCCGGCGCCGGAGCCCCAACGGGCACGAAAGAGUCCCUCUGGGCACACACAGAGAGCCGCCCGCCCAGGAGCCCCCGGCCGGCAAGCCCCGCCCCGCCUCUGGGGGCGUGUCCGGAGACGGCGGCCUCUCUGCCGGGCGCCAAUUGGCCGCGGCCACGCCCCGCCCAGACGGCCGCCGUGUCUCUCUCUCCCCCCCCCCCGCGCUGUGUCCGCGGCGUCGCCGGUAGCGACGGGGUCUCCCGCGCGGCGCCCGAGGGGUCGGCCCCGGCCUGGCCGGCGGGCGUGAGAAACGCGGACGCGGCCGGGAGGAAGCAGCGGUCCUCCUCGCCCCGCCGGGCGGCACCAUGUCCCUGCUCUGCGUCCGAGUGAAGAAAGCAAAGCUCCAGGGACCCCCAGAUAAAUUCAACACCUACGUAACCCUGAAGGUCCAAAAUGUCAAGAGCACCACAGUUGCCGUUCGUGGGGCCCAGCCAUGUUGGGAGCAGGACUUUCUCUUCGAGAUCAGCCGACUAGACCUGGGCCUGAUUGUGGAAGUGUGGAACAAAGGGCUGAUCUGGGACACCAUGUUGGGCACGGCUUGGAUCGCCCUGGAGACCGUCCGGCAGUCAGAUGAGGAAGGUCCUGGGGAGUGGUCCACCCUGGAGGCAGAGGUUCUGAUGAACGGCCAGGAGGUCUGUGGCACCAAAAACCCGACGCAGCAUCAGAUUUUGCUGGACACAAGAUUUGAGUUGCCUUUUGACAUUCCCGAAGAAGAAGCCAAAUACUGGACCAAGAAGCUGAAGCAGAUGAACUCGCUGGAGGAAGAGGAAGAGCCGUCUCCCACCGAAGAUGACCAGAAGCAGCUGAUGCCCCCUGCAGCCUCCCAGUGUUCUUCGGAAGGCCACGAGAGUGCCGUGGACGACCGGGACAGCGACUACCGCAGCGAGACCAGCGCCAGCCUCCCCCCUGCCUACUGCACCACCUCCCAGCCCAACAUUUCGACACACCAGUUCCGGGGGGCUUCCCGUCUGCAGCAGCAGGGAGUCUGCGUGGAGCCCCUCCGUGGCUAUGCCUCGGACUACCAGGAGCGGACAGGCAUAAGAAGAUACGGCAGCAUAGACUCGACUGGGAGUGGCCGGACCGACCUAGAAUCCGGAUCGCAUUCCAGCCAAGUGACCAGUCGCCAGCUGUCCCUAGAAAGCCGGCACUCCUUAGAGUUGUCAGAUAGUCAAGGAUCUUUGAUUAGCAGUGGGAAAGUCAGGAUUAUUCCUUUUGACCAUGGUCUUGACCAAGAAGAAUGUGUUGAGGACUAUGACGAAUUAGGCAAACAGUUAAUAGAAGAUUUUCUAGAAAAAAGGGCUAGAAAUUGGCAGGAGAUAAGGAGGCCUCGGUUCUCCAAACAGGGGCACGGUAGCCGUCUGAAAAACUCCAGGUCCUCACCCAAGGUUUGCGUGGAAUUAGAACGUCUCAGUGCUCUUUCCUAUCCAGCGGCGUACGAUACCAUAGACAGGAGAAGAAAAAAGAAACGGAGAGACAAUGAAGAGUGUGAGUGGAGAAGGCCUCAAAUCAAUGGGAGGCUGAGUCUUCCCCACGAAACUGUCAUUUCUGCAAGCACCAUGAAAAGAAGAACCAAACUUGACGCAGAUUACGAUGACUUUGAUCUGUAUAGCAGCAACCCCGGUGAAGUUGGGGCACAGCAGCCUGGGUGUUGGGAUUUGCUCCCCUCCGGAAAGACCUUCCUGGUCCAAAGCAGCUGGUUCUCGGACGGCCGAGAGAGAAGCCACGACCCUCAGCCAGGCCGUUUUGCGGGCGAAGAUCCGCUGCACCCAGAAGAGGCAGACGGUUGUUUUCAGCCGUCUGGAGAUCUUGAGGAACUGGAAGGCAGCAGCUGGUCUGAAGAUCUUCGGGGCUCUCCUGCUUCAGACGAGGAAGGGAAGGAGGAAAUGGCCCAAGUGUCCCGAGGCUGGUAUGAGCCCACGUGUGGCUCUCUCAAGGAACAUGGGGCCUUCUUGCCUGUCCAAGCCCCAUCAGAGGGAGACCUCAGUGCGGUGGACGAGUUGCAGUGCUUGGUGGAGACAGUGUCCGAAUACCUGGCCGAAAAGGAGGAAGAGAUUAGCAGUUGGGAAGCCCUUCCAAAGCAGGAAAGCAGGAAUCAGGGCCUCCCUGUCCAGGUGGCAGAGGAGAUGUCUCAGGCAGAGCAGGCCAAAGCAGCCCCUGCUGCGGAGGAGAAGAGCGACAGCCGAGGAGAGGUGUUAUCGGACUUUCUCGGGGUGAAAGACACUGCCCAGUCCUUCUUCAGCUUCCUUACGGGGAAAGUGAGCUCUGGAAAGACGCUCCUCACGUCCUCUGUGGAGAAGUUCGUAUCUUCAACGGCUGAAACGGCAGAUGCCCCUGCGAGGGACUCCUCAAACCAACCUCAUCCGGAUGUGAAGGUGGAAAGCAGGCCUGAUCUCGGCUUGCCUGAAGAAGGGCCAGCUUCCCUCCCCGAGCAGAGUUGUGGAAAAGUUGCUGGUCCUCCCAGCGUGAGUCUCCCAGAAACCUCUGACGGGGAUGACAAGGCCUCUCCGGCUCCCCCAGUCCUGGAUUGUCCUGCAGAUGACGCCGAGAGCCAGUCGGCCUUUCAGAAGACCAGUGCGGCUGUGAAUUCUCUCUUCGGCAUGUUUGGCUCUUUAAAAAUAUUGGCGGAAAAGAAGGAGCCAAAGAAAGAGACCAGGAAAGAAGGAACAACCAUAGCGGCUGAACUGUUGGCUGCAAGUGGAGCUGAGGCCGAGAAGCCUGGUGAAGAGGGCACAAAGCCCAGAGGCUACUCCCUGGAAACAAGGAAGGAGGAACCAGCAGCUGACCCCACGGGGGGCCUGGCACCCCCCAUCUCCAGCUCCUCUGCUGACGUUAGCCUGAACGCGGGUUUUGAUGGCACGGCUGUUCCCAGGGGGCCAGUGGAGUCUCCCAAAGUCCCCUGCCCCUCAUCACAGCUGGAUAAGGCAGAUCAGGGAAUCCCUCUGGAGCCUUUAGCCAUCCAGCCUCCUGAGGACAAGCCGCAGGAAGGGCCGCAGGAGGCCAUCACUCAGCCUUCAGAACAAAGAGAAUCUCCCAUCAAUUUUUUUAGUCCUCUUAAAAAAUGCUUCAGCCUGUUGCCACUUUCUGCUCCUGCUGACCUCCCGGCCAAAGAGGCGUCCUUGAGUGUGGGGAAACAGUGCAAGUCCGAAGACAAUGUCAAAAAAGCGAGUCCCGCCAGCAGUAGAGCUCCCUUCCCGUUCCCUGAGAAGCUGCAGGUUUCCUUUUUGAGCAGCUUCAACUUAUCCGACAAACCGCAGGAAAAUAAGGAAAAAACAGGAUUCUUCUCUUCAUUCUUAAAAGUUGCUUCGGCUGAAAACGCAGAAGCUGCCAAAGAGGGACAUCUGGGGAGCAAUUCAGAGGGUCUCCAGGCUUCUUCCUCAAAGUCUCCACCAGAGAAUAAAGAGGAGCUGAAGGGGGAACUGGAAACUGAUCCUUUGGGACCAGAAAGUGGCCGUCAGGACAAGGUGGUGGCUGCAGGCACUUCGGAAAGUGCGGAGGGCAGACGUGGCCACAGUGACCCAAGCAAUCAUGAUCUAAAGGGUGUCCCAGGCAGAGAAGGGGCAGCAGCAGCAGUCACAGCCGCCUCCCAAGGUGGAUCUGGCCUGGAUCUGGUAGGAGAAAAAUCAGAGGCUGCUAGUGGAGUCGGCAGGGUCAAGAUUCUGGAUGAUGCUCAGGAGGGUUUCUUUUCGGGACUUUUCCGCUCUUCUCUGGCUGGCAGUUUAUCUUCCAAGGAAGGACAAAAUGCUCAAGACAGCACAGACAGCCAGAAGGACCGUCCACCUGGUUUGCUUUCUGGAUUAUUCAGAUUCGGUUCAGGUGAAAACACCUCUCCGAGUAAGGUGGACAAACCAAAUCUGAGAUUUUUGGGUGGUUUGGGGCAGAUCUUUGAAAAGACUGUGGAGGAGACUAAUUCCAAAGUGGGGGAUUCUCAAGUGGCACCCCAAACUCAAGAAGGCACCAGGGACCAAGAGGCUGCAGGCAGCUUCCUAAUAAACUUCUUACACCAGGCAAAAGAGAAGGUUGAAGAGAGAGUGGCCCAAACUCCCAAGAUGAAGGCCGGUUUGCCUAGCACAAGCAAGGAAUCCAUUGCCCUCCAUGAAGGAUCCCUCUCUCUGAAUAAUUCUCAGAAGAAGACAGAUUUAUCAACAAAACCAGUCCUUUCUCGAAAAAAUACAGAAUCGCACAUUCAUCCAGGGCUUCUCCAUGAAAAGUUGGAUGGACUUCUCAGAUGUUCCUCACAGAAUGCCAGCUUGCUCAGCUGGUCAGGAGAAUCUCCCGCUUCAGAGGAGAUCAGGAUAGGCUCCACCUUGGAUGGUGAUUAUGACCCCAGGAGUUAUCCAGCAAAGAUGGUUCAGACUUCUGUGCCUCUUUAUUACAUCUUAAAACAGAAUCCCGUCUCUUGGGAUGAGGUUCUGACCUGGUCAGACUCUGGCAACAAAGUAAUGAAUUUGUGUAAAAGAGAUGGGAAUACCAAUCCAAUCGAUUGGAGAUCAAGUGAGAAUUUUGAUCCACCAGUGACCAAUUUUAAUGCUGUGUCAUGUAGAUCACCUGAUUUUUGUCUGGGGGAAAACGAAAUGUGGGCAACUCAUUAUUUGAAUGGAAGUCUUUCUCCACACACGUUCAACUGCUUUCUGGAAGAUGGGCCAAUAGAUUUAAGUUAUUCCUCUGCUUAUGAUGCUAAUAUGUGGACCAUAAUUGAUCAGGAGCCCAUGAAUAUGGAUGACCUAUGGCUGUGCCACUGUCAGGAGUACCUGGAUUGGCUGAUGCCGCUGCUGCAGGGAGUGUGGUGGCCGUCAGAAGAUGGUGAUUAUGGUUAUUACAUAUAUACCGAUGGUCAGUAUGUUUAUUCUCUACUCACUGAUUCUACAGGGCAGUAUAUUUACCUCUGCACUCCUGACCUUUGCACCCAUCCGGACAGCUGGGACUAUGAACUCAAGUCCUCUUUGCAAAGGGUUGUGAUGGAAGGGGACAUGGUUUCCGUUUGUGGCUUCAAAGUGCCUCUUGAAGAUGAGUUAUUUUGGUCUGCCGAAGAGGAAGAGUUGGAUGAUUAUUUUGUAAACAAACCUCUUGAUUUGUCUGUAGCUUUUCAAAGAAGGGACAAGUUUAUGAACGUAGAGACCUUUUCUCAAAUGUUUGAGGAAUCUGCUUACUACCAGAAAGAGAAGCCUUUAGAUUUCUCAGGCUACAGGCUUCUGAAACCUAAUAAGGUGGGCUUUAGGCCUGAGGAGAAGAGGGAAGGGUCUGUAGAAGAUGCGCCGUUUGACCUCCGGGCACAUUUAAGGAUCGCCUCUGGUGGGGGGCUAAAGGAGGAAUUCCAACCCAAGUUGCUAGAUGUGGCCCCUAGGACUUCUGUUUCAGAAAGCGGGCAGACCAGACUACCUGGCCUUCAAAUCUUUAAAGCUGCUACCAGGUCUGAUCUCCCACCAGUGUCUCUUGCCAAAGCACAGAUGGCUGAAGAAGAUAAGAAGACCACAAGCAACAAGGUCACCUCUUGGCUUUCCUCUUUGGGUGGGCUGAUGGGUCAGGGUUCGGGGAAAGGCGAGAUGCUGGAGGACACGGCAGAGAAGGACCAAGGCCCACAGUCAAAGUUUCCUGCAAAGGAAGCCAUGUCUGGAACACCACCCAGGAAGAAGGGACAACUUCAACCAGAACCCCUGCCUGUUUCCACUGAGAUUGCUCCAUCUCCUCCCCGGAAGAGAGCUCCCCUACGGAGAUCCACCUCUCAGUUCAGCCAGGGUCUCACGUCCGACCCAUUAACCCAACCAGACAGCAAUGCUAAGGCAGCUUUAGGGUCUCUGGCAGAGCCUGAAAACAGUUGGGUAGUCCUGGGCCAAAUAGCUGCUAAGGCCAAGGAGACUCUUUCUAAGAGUGACCUCAAAACAGAUAGCCCCGGAGAAGUCCCACCGGUCCCUACAGAAUCAGGAUUCCUCGGUUUCAUUAAAAUGCAGGGAAGCAAGUCUCCAUCGCCACCUUCACCCACCUCUCUGCCAAGUCUGGUGAAAAAGGAAAGCCAGAGCAAGGCAGAGCUCCCAGGUGCUCCGUCCUUCUUCGGCUCGAUCAAAGACUUUUUCACCAAAGAGCCAGCCCACUCACCAUCUGAUACCCCUGUCCCACCACUGAAUAACGGGCAGAUAUCCCAAGAACUUGUUUGGGAACCCACUAAGGGUCCUGCUUCUGAGGUGGAUGUCUCUUCAGAGCCACCUGGGGCAGAUAUUGCCGAGAAAGAGCUCUCCUCUAAGGAACAGGCCCACAAAAAGGCUGGAGAGGAAAUGGGCAGGGUCAAGGAAGUGCCUCCUGCCAGGACUGAGCAGGCAGCCAACUUGCACCUGAGUCCUGGAAUAGGGAGGCGCAGCCCACCACCGGAAGAGGGAGGCCUGCUCAGGAGCUUCUCUGGGUUGCUGGGGGACUCAGCAGCAAGGAAGUCCAGUUCCCUGAACACCAGCCAGUCCUUCUUGAUGGGCAAAGAGCCCCAGGGAAUCCAGCUAGAGAAGGAACCUGGGUUCAGACUCCCCUUUGGCUUGUCCCAAGCUACACCUCCAAAACCUCAGCAGACAGCCAGCAGCUGGGAUAUCUUCUCUCUUUUCCCUGCCUCCAAGAAAGCCCCGAGCCCUGACCCAACCCCAGCCCCGGCCCCUGUCCAGACCGCAAAAGGUCCAGAGAUGGAAGGUUUGUUCAAGAUCCCCUUCUCUGCCAAGAAAGGGCUUCUGGACAGCUCCAGCUUCAGCUUGUUCAGUUGGGCCUCUUUCCGCCCUGAAGAACCACCAGCUGCUCCUGACAAAGGUCCCCUCCCCAAGCCACCUCCAUUGCAAGGAAAGGAGGAGCCACUCCUGGGGCCAUCUGCUUCUGCUGAUGCUGGCCUUGGAAUAGCCAGGAAACCACCCUUGGAGGAGAAGGAGGCCAUCUCCAGUGUUAGAGAUGCUGUGCUGGGCAAGCAGGAAGCCCGUGACUUGCAGAGCAGGGCAGGUGAAGGGGCUGAGAAGGCCGGGGAAUGUGCCUCGGCAGAGCAACUUACGGACAGCCCAUCUCUCAGUGAUGCAAAGGAAGAAGACCAGCCAGUACAGCUUGAUCCUGUCUGUGAAGGUCCUGAAAUCCAGAAGGAUGGGACUUUCUCCCCUCCAGAAGUUCCAGAACAGCUGCCCCAGAGCUCAACUGAGUGGGAUGAGAGGAGGGUGUCUUUGCUUGAGAAGGAAGCUGUUCCUCCUCCAGAAUACUCCGGUUCUGUUUGUGUUCAGACAUCAGUGGCCCAAAGGACAGCUGCUCUCCGUGACUUGGGCCAGGAGGUAGUACCAGAGCCCCUGCAAGGAUUUGGCCUUCCUUCCCAUGCUGGAGCCCAGCAGGCUCAGGGCCAGAAGCCUCUCCCCACGGUCCCCCUUGGGGAGCCAGAUGGGUUGAAGAUGCCUGAAGAAUCUGUGAGUAACAAGUCUGUCCUAGAGUGCUCAAUGGAAAAAUUUUCAAGUUUCUUCACCAGAAUCAAACCCACGAAAACUUUCUCCGAUUUUUUGGGCUGCCCACUCCCAGCUCCAGAUGCUCCUGGUUUGCAGAAGAAGAGCGCCUCCUUUUUCGGCAGCACGUUCCAGCCAAGCGGGCCUUCCUCAACAUUCGCAAGCGGCACCUUUGGUUUUUCUAAAGGAGGAGUGGAGCAGCCUCCUUCGAAGGCUUCUGUGCCCUGGAAACCUCCCCAGGUGGAUUCUGAGGUGAAGGAAGCGACAGGUUCAGUUCCAGGGAAAGACCUUCUCAUCCGGGAAGACGAAGCAUCUAGAGAGGAGGGUUCAGAAGAAAGCCGCUUGGGGAAACAGCAAAUCAAGAGUCCUCGAGGGGCGCUGCUAGAGACGGAGGCCAGAAGUGUCUUGAAGGAAAAUGGUCUGUUGAACCUGGCAGGAGAAAAUUCCACAGGAACUCUCAAAAUGGACCUGGAAAUGGAAGCCGAUCAAAAGCUGGACAAUUGCCAAGAGCCGGUGCCAAACACCCUGGAUACCUUGAGCUCAGAGAAGAGCCGAGGCUCUGAAGUGGGGCAAGUGGACUUCCUAACCUCUGAGGAAAUGAGGGAUGCUGAUAGGUGCCGUCAAGAUCUCAACAAGGGGGUUGCGGCAGAAUCAGCUGCGAUGCUGGCAGAUGAGGCUGACCUUCCUACUCAAAAGCAACUGAAUCUAGAAUCCCAAACUGGCAACCUUCCUAUUGGCCAGGAAGGUUGGGAAAACACACCUGUGCUGGAAGCCAAGAGGGAAGACAACGUGAGCCAGUCAGGCUUGGAUAUUGUCGCUAUGUCUGAAUACGCAGCCGUGAAGGCUCAAGCGCAGGGUGAUACUGGUCCACCAAAUGGACGUGAGAACAUAGGUGUGGAACCCGGAGCGGUUCUGAAUGAGACCCCUGAUUUGCACCAUGAUGGUGUGGACGGUAUCCACAGCAGGGAAUCUGUCCCAGGUGAGGAAGAAGAGGAGGUUCCAUCCCCUCGUGAGAAACCUUUCAAAGCUGAGGCCUUGAGAAGCGCCAUGGAUCAUGGGCCUGCCGGUUCCCCUGCUGCAGAGGUCAGCAGCACCACGUCUGUAUUUGAGAUGUUAAGUCGGUCCCCUUGGCCCAAAUUCGGCUUUGGGUCUUCAACCAGCAGCAUGAAACCGAUGGGCUCCUUCUUCUCCCCCCCUUCAGCGAGCAAGACCGGUGCUGAGCCCGGUCUCGGGUCCGGCUUGAGCAGCGUGUCUUCCGUUCUGUUUGGUGGAGGAAGCGAGGAGAAAGUGGAGAAAGCCGGCAGCAUCCAAGAGACGGUGUUUGGGAGGAAGCUGGACUUCUCCCUUCCUUGGCAGAAAGGCCCAAAGGAAAAGGAGAGCCAGAAGGGAUCGGAGGCGCCACUGAAACCUUCCUCCAAGCCAGAAGCCCUGUCAAGUGGUCCAUCCCGUCUGAUGCCCAAUGCACCGCAGCCCUCAUGUAGAGCCGAGCAGGCAUUGAUUGGCCCCAAGGACAGUGCAGACCACUUGGGGGAUCCAGUGCCCGAGUCCAGCCUUCCAUCCAUGGAGGUGGACAGUUCAGGCGAGCAGUUCCUAGAGGCCAGAACUGUUCUUGCUGAGGCUGAGCCUGGCCGAGGCCUGGAAGUUGCAGGUAAAGAGCAGGAAGAGGAUCUGAGGGCCGUUCCCAAUGGCCCUCCUGCCCCGACCUUGGAAAAAGAAGCAGAAGACACGGCCUCUGUUCCUAGUCCAUCAGAGCAGAAGAAGGACAGCGUCGCUUGCCCACAGGCUGGGCCACGGCUGGUGGAGGAGAGCAGCCCACGACACCCGCUUGAGCACAGGCCAGUAGCAGAUGCAGCCAAUAAAUGGAGGCGGCCGGUCCAUUUAUGAGCCAAGAGCCAUAGUCAGAGGCCUCUGACCCCUCCCUCUGGCCCCCUUGAUGCUGACGGGGAGUGAGGGGUGACCUCUAGCCCCGGCUUGUCCCUCUCCCUGCCCCCUCCCUCCCUCCCUUUCCUUCGCUUUGGGUGCUCCCCCUUUGUGUGUUGGCGAACAGCUUUGAACGUGGAUUUUGUUUUGUUCAGUCUUUACAGACCUGAGAGUGGGGAGGGGGUUUCUGAGAACAGCCCACCCCACAGCUCCCACUCGCCAGAAGAGGCUUUUCGAAAAUCCUGCUGUGGAAGGAUAACUCUGCCCUUCUGUAGAGGGCUGAAUUAGGGAAUGUAAAAUGCUCACAGGUGGAUUGGGAGCUGCAAAUGCUGUCUUGGGACACCCCCACCCCUCCCAUCCCAGCUGCCAUCCAUGCUGCUUUUCCUCAUGGCUGCCCAGCUGUGAGAGGCCAGCAUGGCUGAGCAGUAGCUCUGCGAGGCCUUGUGAUGGAGGGGCCAAGGGGAUCGGGCCGGGCAUCGCAGGGGUCUCUGGUCUUCCCCGAGGGCUUCAGGGGUGUGAGCUAAUCACUUCUGGGCCCAUCAAGAGCUGCUGGCGCUGCUGGGCUGGGCGGUUUCUGCUCUGCCCGCCCACAAGCAGCUCCCUGCCUCCCGUAGCUGUGUGGAUAAAUCCUGUGGAUCUCCCAAGGUCAGCCCCCACCCGCCGCUUGGAUCCUGCGCAGCCCCUUCGUCUGCUCUCUUCCCCUUCUCCGCUUCCCUCCACCUUGCUAGCUGCAGCCCUGUCUUUUCCAGACCGCCAGGCUGGAAAGAAUCCAGAUUGGUCGAUGUUCGGACUAGCCAACUCCAAGCACCAUUAUGCACAGCCCUCCCGCCCCCCGUGUUGUCCAUUCUGUUACCCUGGAUGUUGGCAGUCCCUUCUUCCGGUUGGGAAUGAAGGAAGCCCUGGGAAUCAGCUCAGGAGCCCCUUGGCUGACCUGGUCUGCAGGGAAGUAGAAAGACUUGGGGCGGGGGGGGUGGAAUCCUCCUGCUGAGUCAGCAAUUCAGCAUAGGGGAAGUGGGCCUGGACUGCCUGGGUGGGGGAGAUGGGAGACCCCCAUUUCUGGGCGGCAGAUCAGAGGGAGAAGCUUCAAAGCCUCAACAUUCAGCAGAUGUCCCGGAAUUGGGAAGCCCUGCAGACUCUCUACCGGAUGGGGAAUGAGGACAGAUGUGUUUGGUAGCCAGCCCUGCUCGCCCCCCCCCCCAACUGCUUCUCCAUUCCUUGGCUGCCCACCCUUCGGGCUCCCCAAGUUCUGCACACUCACCUGCUUCCUCUCUCUC